UAUACACCUACUAGGUACCCACAAAAAUUAAAAAUUAAGAUGAGGUUUGAGUUUUGCUGGGAAGGAUAAGUAAAAUUUCUGCCAGUUUAAAGAAGGUUCUAUCUGUGUGAUCUUAGGUGAUUUCUUCUUGCACUCUGGACUUCAGUAUUCCUACUGUGUCAUUAGGCAAUCAAGUUAGAUGACAUCCAAGGUUGCCUCUGGCUUUGAUGUUAGGUGCAUCUUAAAAUCUUUAACUUGGUUCUGUUUUAUACCAGUGACUGUAGAAUCCAAGGUAAUGAGUAGAAAGAGGUAGUUGUUGGUGAGCACAUUCCUUCCCUGAAUCCCUGACUACUUUGAAUCAGUAUGUAAAGUACUUUACACAUAGUGGCUACCUGAAAGGUGUUUUCUUUACUUUCUUUCUACUGUAGCACUGUAUCUUUAUGCUUUUUAUAGCAUGCUUCAAAAGAGGCACAAAUCACUUCCCCUCCUUGGUUGCCUCUUGACCAGUAUUAAGUCUAGAGACUGCAUACUAAGAAAUAUCAAAUUACAGGCCAUAGAUGAUGGGUCUUCUACAGGAGCCAUGGCUUAUAAAUGGCAGAGCCAGGACUUAAACUUGGGUCUCCUGACUUUAAUUCCAACCAUCUUUUAAAAUAUUGUCCUACCGAGCAACGCGGAGGAAACAGGAGUGAACUGAGAGCAUAGUGACCAACAUGAGCCUCCUUAACAAGCCCGAGAGCGAGAUGACCCCACAGGAGCUGCAGAAGCAAGAGGAGGAGGAAUUUAACACAGGUCCACUCUCUCUGCUCACUCAGUCCGUCAAGAAUAACACCCAAGAGCUCAUCAACUGUGGCAACAAUAAGAAACUCCUGUGCCGCGUAAAGGUCUUCAACAGGCACUGCAACUUGGUGCUGGAGAAUGUGAAAGAGAUGUGGACUGAGGUACCCAAGAGCAGCAAGGGCAAGAAGUCCAGGCCAGUCAACAAAGACCGCUACAUCUCCAAGUUGUUCCUGCACCGGGACUCGGUUAUCGGGGUCCUGCGGAACCCAUUCAUCGCCGGCAAGUAGGGGCCUCCCAUCCCUACCCAUCGACAGAACUCACUCCCCUAUCCUAUGGAGACCGCUGCCGCUGGUGUUGAGAAUAAUAAAGCUCUGUGGUUUUUUGUAAAAAAAAAAUAAUAAUAAAAUAAA